AUGACCGGCUCCGCUGACGGCCUCCCCGUUGCCACGGAGACUUCGCCGCUGCUGCGCACCUCCGACUCGGAGAUCGUCAACGGCACCACCGUCGAGGUCGAGAAUGGCCACGCCAACGGCGCCCCGGCCACGGCCGAUGACGCCAACGACAACCGGGACGGCAACCCGGAGAUGGCCAAGAAGAUGCACAUCCUCCUCCCGGCCGUCAGUAUCGGCAUCUACCUCUGCGCCGUCGACCAGCUGCUCACCGUCGCGACCUACGCCAAGAUCGGCAGUGAGCUGCACGCCCUCAACAACACGAGCUGGCUCGCAACGGCCUACUACAUCACCCUGACCAGCUUCCAGCCGCUCUACGGCAAGCUGAGCGACAUCUUCGGCCGCAAGGAGUGCCUCCUCUUCGCCUACGUCGUCUUCGCCCUCGGCUCCCUGGGCUGCGGCCUCGCCGGCUCCUUCCCCCAGCUCUGCGUCGCCCGCGCCGUCGCCGGCAUCGGCGGCGGCGGCAUGAACAGCGUCGUCGCCAUCCUCCUCAGCGACAUCGUCAGGGCCAGCUACCAGAUCGCGACGCUGGGCGCCAUGGUCCCCGUGGCGGUGCUGCUGGUGCUCGCUUUCGUCUCGACGUUCUUCAUCCGCGAGAAGGCCUUGGGGAAGUAG